GGGAAAAUGGUGAGCGAAAAAUGGACAAAGGACCAAGAAGAGGCGUUGGCGAAGGCGUGGGUACAUUGUUCUACCAACAAAAAAAAGGGCAAUCAACAAAACCGGGAAAGUUUUUGGCGUAAGAUUUUAGAGCAUUUUAACAAAACUGUCGGUGGAAGUAACCGGACCGUUCAUCAAGUACGGUCUAAAUGGAACCCGAUGAUGACGAAAAUAAACUUUUUCAACGGCCUAUACCAACAAGCGGAUCGCACACGAGGAAGCGGAUGUAAGGAUCUCGACGUGAUGAAAGUCGCGUUAAAAGAAUUUAAAGAUAAAUUUCCUAACGGUUUUCAACACAUCGAGGCGUGGGAGGUCGUUCGAAGACACGAGAAAUGGGCCCAAGUCCCAUUGAUGGGUGAGGAAGGUGAAGGUUCGGCACAUAAAAGAAAGCCCAUUGACGUGGACCCUUCGAUACCGGAUAUGAACGAAGACCCCUCGCCACAAAGACCACAACGACGAGACAAGCGUCAAGCUACAUCGUCCGAGGGAAGCUCGGCCGAGUUGGCGGCACAAUUCAAAGUGUACACCGCUAUGAAAGAAGCGAAGCAAGCGGUAGAAUUGGAGGCGAUCGAAUUGAGGAAAAAAAGAGAGUCGGAGGCUCGCGAGCUCAUAUCGGAACAACGCGAGACGAUGAAAAACUACAAUUACGAUCGAGAUAUGAAAACAUUCCUUAAGCCGCACGACGAUGUUCCGCCAAGUAUGUUGCCGUUCAUCCUCGCCCGAAAGCGCGAAAUCGCUAACAAGUACGGGUGGCCAUGCGAUUUCUAAAAUUUUAAUUUUCUAGUUUUAAUGUAAUUUUUAUUUUCUACUUUGAAUGUGUUUUUUAUUUUCUAGUUUGAAUGUAUUUUUUUUAAAUUUAAUGAAAUGUCUUUUAUUUAAUUUAUAAA